CAUUAAUAGCGUGGUGACUGAUGUACUUACACGAUGGUAGUAGAAAAUACACUCACAGCGCUGAGGUUAAAAUGCGAGACUGAACAAGAGUGUACCACGACUAGAAAAUAAAGAAAAAGGUUUAAAGAAACUAAAGUCAAUCUUCUUCAGCAAUUUAAGUAGAGCGAAAAAAGCGAUUCCUUUCUGCGCGACAACGCAAACAAGGAUGGCUCUCUCAUCUCGAUCUUCCAUUCUAGUUUAUGGAAGUUGCGGCAGUCUCGGUCGGAGCACAGUGCGCGCAUUGAAGAGCAGUGGCGCUAGACUUCUCGGAGUGGACAUAGGGAAGAACAGCGAUUGCGACGCUAGUGUGCAGGUCGAUGUCGCGACGAAAAGCCCGACUGCUCAACAGGAGAUGGUACUAGAGCAAGCAGGAGACUUUCUACGGCACAAGGACAAUGGAGGUCGAGGGCUUUCUGCAGUCUUGUGCUUAAGUGGAGGCUGGGCGGGAGGAAACGCGAUAGAACCGCUAUUGCUGAAAAAUACUUAUGGGUCGUAAAAAUGUGUCUUUUUCAGUGACAUUUGACGGACGAGAUAACAGUUACUUGCUUUUCAGAGGUCCGACUCUUAAUCUCCACUUGUCUAGUAUUAACGUGAAAAACAGAAAACAAAAGCUCGUCAAGACCUCUAAAUUAAUGAGCAGAUGGUAUCGAGCAGCUUGUACGCUUCGUUAAUAGCGGCAUCGGUUGCUGCUAAGUUUUCAACUGCAUCACCAUCUACGUCUGGCGCAACAUCUUCAAACGGUACAGCGCCACCGCUCCUACUAUUACCAGGAGCUGCGCCAUUGCUGCCUACUGCAGGUGCGGCGCCGGCUUUCAUGCUGCCCUACAUAGUGGCAAAGGCAGGUAUGGUCAAGGGAUGAAGGUCCACAUGAUGUCGAGUUGUACUUAAUUGUUGUGAUUAGAAAUAGGAAGUACCUAACCAGAAACAUAACACUUUUCUGCUCUCUCAGUAUUCUACUUUUGAAAAAAACUUUUGAUGCAGGACAUCCAUUCCUUGAAUGCUGAUCGGCAUCGACCCUCUACUUCUUUCAUACUAUGCGUCCACAGUCUACUAGACUCCAUGGCAGCAGACGCAGCCACAGCAGGACUACCUGAAGAGCUGCGCGUGUUUGGCAUCGCACCUGUCACGCUAGAUACCGAAAUGAAUCGAAAAGGGAUGCCUGAUUAUGGCUCGUAAAAUAAUUUGAAGUUGUAGAAACGAGGCACCUGUUGUUCCUGAGUGAUGUUUUAGUUUCUCUGGGAACAAGAAUGUCUUCGACUCGUUGGGGUGCUGAUUAGGAAGAGAAUGAGCAUUAGAAAUAUUUUCACAAUGAGGUCGCACAAGCUGUACGUACAAUCAAUGAGUAUUCGGUUUCCCGAUUUUUACCGCUUUCAUACUCCCGCAGACUUCAGUUCGUGGACCCCACUGGACUCACUCGCUGAUCAAAUCAAGCUGUGGUGCGAUGAUCCUUUAUCGGUGGAGCAUGGAAAAAUGUACAAAGUUGUUACCGAAAACGGGAAGACAAGAUACUUGUAAAAGAUGUUGAACGCACUUGUUGUAAGCCUGCUACGAGUUGCUGUGUUUUCAGAACGCAUAAUUGCGUAAGUUCUUCAUCACUUUUUAUUCAUGGGUAGUCAGAAUUUUUUAGAGGAAUUCGCAUGCUAUUGGGGAUAACGAAUUCUCCCGGACAAGAGAUGUUUUUGUGUCCAAUGUGUACCAAAGUUGCGCAGUGAUAUCAAUUGUAAGAAAUAACACAGUGAUAUGCUCAACAUCGUGCGAGUGUCUGCUUUGGGAU